CCCAGUUGGCCAUAAGACAGUGCGGAGGUUGGACGUGUGCGCAGAGCUCCCGGCAGAGGGCGGCUCCCUGAAAGGUGGAUCGACCCAUACGGCUUCUAGUUGGUGUAUUUUUAAAACGUUGACAGGUUUCUUAUCCUGACGAGCAUUUAAGUGAAUAGCCGUGGAAUUUUGUGUUGAUUGACCCUUUUCACGUGAUUAAUAUCAUUGCACGAAUAAACCAACGCUUUGCUGGAUAACACAGUUUGGAAGAGAAACUCACCCUCGAACAUCUGACUGAAAAGAUACAUUCCCGCCCUCAAGAUGGAUCUCGAGACUUGAGAGACUUGGAAUUAUCGAGUGUUACGCCUCGUCCCUCGGUCUUCUUAACGAUACUCUGCAGGAGGUCGUGACAUUUCCUGCCCCGAAACUCCACAAAAAGAAGCGAUCGAGUCGAGCGACCGCGCCCGGAGCAAUUCCGAGCGUUCGCUGAGUUAUCCCGAAGCCCAAAAUGGGUCCCUGAGUCAGCACUUCUUCGGGUCUUCCAGGGAGAUCCACGAUAGUGUUGUCCUCGACGCGCAACUCAGACAGUGAGUGAUAGACAUUAAAGGAAACGUUGUGUAAACAGAAAACCCCACUGCUUGUAAGCGAAGCGAAAAAGUUCACACCACCAGCCUAAAGUAGUCACUGUGCGCUAUGCUGGCCACGAGGAGACGCCAGUGAGCACAGGCAGAGGAGCCACGCCGCCGCAAGCAUGGGUCCUGCGGGCGUGUUCACGUGCGAGGCUGUCUACCACGGGCGGAGGCAAGUGCAAGGGUCCCAGUCCUCCGCCACCCUCACCGCCCUUGUGGAUCACCUCGUCCACGCGCCCGUGCCCACGCCAGCCCACGAUGCCCAGACGUAUACCAAGCUGCGGCGAGAGCGAUGCCAGCUGCAGUGCGACGACGAGCGCCUCCGCGUCACGCCCGUCCGCAAAGAUGAAGGGUUCGAGUCCGACUCCGAGUCCUCCGGCAGCGCCUGCGACGAGUCCUGCUGCGGCACCCAGGAUAUAAAGGUGAUCAGCGACCACGUGCUGCGCCUCGACCAGCUGAUCCACGAGGAUGGCGGCUCGGUGGGCUUCGCCUCGGCCUCCGACGACACCUCUUCUUCUGCCACCAGCAGCGGGGCGGAGAGCGAGGACGACACCCCCAGGUCGGGGGGGUCGCAUCACCCCCACCCCAACCAACACACGCAGGUUGACGCGGCCGGAGGAAUCGGUGACAUGUUCCUGAUGAGCGACAUCCUGUAUUGCCACGUGGCGGCGGCGACGCCCCGAGUGGUGGUGGUGGUGGUGAAGGACGCGGGAUCUAGUCAGGUAUUCGCCCACGUGUUCCAGUGCCUCACCGAGGAUGCCGCCAGAUCGCUCUACGCCCACUACAAGGAAGCCAGUAAUAAAUACAAACUCAAUAGAUAUAGGAACAGCAAACGAAAGACCGAGUUGCUGAAGGGCGAGACAGUUGGUCAGGGCGGGAAGGUGGUUAGCGCCAGCGGCGGCGGCACCAAGAAGGGCGCCAAAAGCCUGAGCCACGCGCUGGACGGCGGCGGCGGUCGCGGCUCCGUCCGCUCAGUGGAGGCCCGAGUGCUGACGGGGGAGAAGCGCGGCGACACCGGAACCAACGUCAAUGUUAUCGAAAUUCGCGAGACUCAAGAGGACGGCGAAAAGUCGCGUCCCUGGAACCUCGUGCAGCACACCGAUGCCAACGGCGUCACGCACAUCGAGAUAGAGAGCGGGCCCUGCAGCCUCGUCAGCAGUUCCUCCGAGGUGUCAGACUUCAGCAGCAUGGUCAGCCUGGCCGCUGCACGAAGCGGCCAGUCUGCGCAGCCAGCGUCCCUUUUGGCCCCGAGGCCGUCUAGCCGAGCGGAGGCUUUUAGCAGCAGCAGCGGCGGCGACGGCGGGAGCGUGCGGGGCACCAGCAGCUGCCCCAGCAGCCUGGUGAGCAACGGGCGGGAGGUUCUGGUCGCUGGAGAGACGGACAAGAAGUUCAGGCAGCGCCAGCCAGCGCUGCUGCUGCGGGAGGACCUAGCGCGGCAGGCGUGGAGGGCCGACGAGCGGCGCGGCGACGACAGCCUGAGGCGAAGCGAGAAGAAGAGGGACGACCCGGGCAGAGAGGACAAGAAGAGAGAGUCCCGCCGCGACGACCACGACGGACGCAGUCGGCGCGAGCGGUACGAAGGGGACCGAAUGCUGGUCCGAGAAGUGACGAGGGCCACGAUGGAGGCCAUGAUCCCCCGAAUCACCACAGACCGGCAGGGCCGACCCCGAGACCACUCCCGAGGGCGACUCAGGCACUCCCACAACAAGGGGCCCGCGCCCCCUCCCCCGCCCCGCCGGCACCCCAACAACCCCUCGCUCAUGCUCGUCCCCACCAAGAGCGGCACCGAGAACGCUCGCGCAUUUUACCCCAAAGAGUCCCACAUCGUGCGCGGGAACAAGCUGGUGCGCGUCGACUACCCCGCGUACCCCGGCGGCUGGAUGCACCAGGAC